UUGCAUGCAGGAUGUAGUGGUCAAACUGGUCAUACAUAUAGAUGUAAUACAGGGGGAAUAACUUAUAUAGUUUCAGUUGUCUAUGUGAAACUAGGCCAUCAUCUGACCGGCAUGGAUCUUUCUACAUAUAAGCCACAGUUAGUGACUUCACAAAGAAGUGAAUACAACCUUGUGAUUCGUGAAAAUCAAGGCCUAAGUCAACGAACCGGCUUCUGGUGGCUUAUAUUCACUUUUGAUUAUGAAUUAGAAAAGGGAAUUGAAGUUCGCUUGACAAAUUUCAAACAAGAUUCUACUUCAGGUGAUUGGACACUUGAAAUCACGAAGUGCCAUUAUUUGGGUAUUACUUCCGAAAGAAACAUGGCCUCUUUCGAUAUGGUGAAUGAGUUUGUUAAUUCCGCAGAGCUUUCACACUUGAAUAGAUGUGCGAUCAGUGAUGAGAAAUUAGUCGACUACCUUGAGAAAAACAUGGUGCCUAUUGUAGCCAAAAAGAUCAAGUACAAGAAAUUCAAGCCCAAAUUCCAAUUCUUUUUGAGUCAUAAAACGAAAGAGAAGCCUCUUAUGUGUACUUUUGCGAAUGGGCUUCAAUUUUUAGGAUAUGACACUUGGCUUGAUGUUAGCAGUAUGCCUAUGGGUGCCGGGCUUGUUGGUGCGUUAAAAUCAGCUAUUGAAAAAUGUGACUGCUUGAUUGCCUGGCUGACAGUAGACUACCUAAAGAGUGAGUAUUGCAUAGCUGAGCUUGUCUAUGCCAAGAAGUGUGGCAAAAUCAUUAUUCCGUUUGGAACUUUUAGUGAGAUCAAGGAGUAUCUUAAUGGUGAUAUGGAAUUUCUACAGCAUCAAGUGGUUUUCGACCCCAAAAUGUCAUUCUUUGAAGUACUAAGACGUAUUGAUGAAACACUCUUUAACUUUGAACGCUUGCCAUUGUAGAUCUAGCUAACUGAAAAGCAAACUUAUUGAGCUAAGCUAAACGUUAAUAUUUGUAUGAUCACACAUUGUAUAAUUUUACUGUUAUUUUUGUUUCAAGUAAUAUUUUGUAUUGAUUAUUGUUCUUUGCUCGUUUCUAAUUUA